AAUUAAAUGAAUAUUCAUAAGCAUAUGUAUUAAAAGUUGUUGAUAAUUCAACUAUAAAAUUAUAUCAAAUAAAGAAAUGGUGUAAUGGGUAUUUAAACAAUAGAAUUGAGAGAAAAAGGAGCUUAUUUUAUUAAUAUAAAAAAUGUAUAAAUAGGAGAUGCUAUGAUCAAUUUAAAUGAGAAAACAAGUUUAAAAGACUUAUAAUUAAGUGGAUUAGAAAUAGAAAUAAUAAAAAAAGAGUUUGAAAAUAAAAUGGAAGUAGAAAAAAUAAAGUAAUGGUAAAAUGAGAAUACAAUAGAUGAAUUAGCAGGAUUGUAUUGAUAUUGAAUUGCCAUAAUUGU